AUGCCUCGGUAUACACACCGCCAGAAGCGUGUCAAUGCAGUCGUGAAGGGAUACAAGGUCUCUGUACGGCGUUGGCAUGCCAAUCAAGCAAAGCGUACCCGCCUGCAACACCGACUCCGGCGGCGAGCAGGACUACACCUCGAAGAUAACUCGGACUCGUCUUCCGUCCGGUCUUCCGCAUCAUCUUCCUCGGACUCUUCGUCAGAGAGCUCCUUUCCGAGUUCGAGCUCCUCCUAUGGCUCUGAUACGGACAGCAGUAGCACGUCCGUGAUGGGCAUGGAUGACGACGACAUGGACAUGAUGCCGGAAUUGGCCGACGUAGAGUGGUGGGAAGACCAGGGGGAGGAUCAGGACGAGGAUAUGGAUUGGGACUGGUGGGCAGAGAGGGUUGGGGCAGACAUACGGUACGACGACGAGGAUUGGGAGAUGAAUGAAGGCUCAGGGUCAGGCUCGUCGUCGUCGUCAGACUCAGACGAUGAGGGCGGAUAUUAUGCGUCGUCUUCUGGCUACUCUUCUGGGGAAGAUACUCCAUUUCGGCCAUCAUUCCCCCUGCGAGCAUCACGCACCGCCCGUGAGGCCAUCGAAACCAUGUACGAGCACCGUUACGAGAUGCCCCGCGAUAACAACCCUCGCCCCCCGGCACAUCUCGAUUACUUUCUCGAUGUUGUCAAAGACAGGCGUCCCGACCUAUUCCGCGAGGAGUUGCGCGUGACGCCCCGGAGCUUCGACAGUCUCGUCGAACGUCUAGAAGAUGACGCGGUCUUCGCCAACGAUUCGUCAAACGAGCAGAUGCCUGUCGAGCAUCAGAUCGGCAUUUUCCUCUACCGAACAGGCUAUCACGGCAACGCAGCUAAGGUGCAGAAGGUCGCGUGGUGGUCCGGCUACAGUGUCGGCACGGUUCUUCUUGCUACACGUCGUGUCAUGACGGCCAUCUUGCGGCGCGACUUCUUGGACGAGAAUAUGCGCUGGCCUACAGAGGAGGAGAAGGAGGAGGCGAAGCAAUGGGUCGAGGAUCACUCGGUCAAGCAGUGGCGUGACGGGUAUCUCUUCGUUGACGGGACUCUGGUACCUCUCUAUGCCAAACCCUUUUGGUACGGCGAGAGUUACUACGACCGCAAAAGUCAUUACUCCUUAAAUGUUCAGCUCGUCUGCCUGCCGAACUUGCGCAUCGUUGAUUUCAGCUACGGCUAUGUCGGGUCAACCCAUGACUCCACGGCAUGGCAGAAAACAAAGAUCUACGCCGAACAUGAAGAUCUGCUCGCAGAGGGUGAAUGGAUAUGGGGCGACUCUGCUUAUCCCAUUGAAUCUUGGCUUGUCGCACCGUUCAAGAUGCCCGAAGCAAGACAUCCCGAUAAGGAGUCAUUCAACACGGCACUUUCCCAUCUUCGCAUCCGUAACGAGCACGCGAACGCGCUUCUGAAGGGCCGCUUUGGUUCCUUACGCGGCCUUCGUUUGAACAUCAGCGACGAGAAGACGCACAAGUUCGCAACGUACUGGAUCGUGUGCUGUGUCUACCUGCACAACUUUUUUCUCGAGUGCGAGCAGAAUGAGCGAGAAGAGGACGGCGAGAUGAUGGACCCGGCUGACGAUCCCUUUGUAGAGGAAGGUAGGUCGUCCUCGUCCGAGGAUGAAAAUGCCUUCUCAGACGACUCAAAUUCGGAAUAUCGCCGGCGCCGGGGAGCGCGCGCGGGUCUGUACGAGGGGAAGCAGUUCCGGUUGAAGAAGAUGCGGCAGUUGUUUCGGGAGAGGGAGAAGCGGCACCGACAGCGGCAGCGCAACGCGCGCGCUGCUCGCCGCGAAUUAUUAUUUGACACUGAUGAGACUGAUUAUGACGGUGACACCGACGAAUAG